UGCAAACUUGCACGAUGGUUUCAUAAGUGAUGGGUGAACAUAUCUUCAUUGUUGGGCAUGUCUUUAGUGUUUGAAGUGUCUUGAUAAAAGAGUUAUAUAUGGGUUUCUGGGACACUAUUUAGUUUAUUUUUCAGCAUUGCUCAUGCUGACCAUUUAUCCAGUGGCAUAUCCAAACUAAUUUGUUAUUGUUUUUCUGGGCAACUAAAGUCAGAUUUUUGGCAAUUCUUCUAUGUUGUUUUAUUCUUCUGGUGGCAUUUAUAAUGAACUUUUUUUAACCCGCUGUCACACAUUGAGGAAAUUUUUUGUUCAUUGCUUUAUGUAGAAUAAUUAUGAAAUAAUUUAGCUUGAUAUAAACAUUUGUGGGUUCUAGAUCAAAUACUGUUUCCAAAGUUGCUGGAGCUCUUAAAGGCAUUUGAUACAGUUCUUUGUAAAGUGCAUUCUGGGUUCAAGGGCCAGUAUCAUGCAUAAGUAUCCUCGAAUAUCAAUUGACAUAAUCCGAUUUGCAGGGUUUUAUGUAGCCUGAAAUAUUCCACAGAAGUUAUCAACUGGGAACCGUUCUCGGGAUGGAGUCUUAGGACUAUGGAGGAUCCGACGCAUGAUACUCGUGAGCUGAUUUAGUGACUGCAAACUGCCAUGUAAUGAAAUGAGGUUGUAAUUCGAAGUCAUGGAUGCUGGUGUCGCUGCAGGUUCAGAUAUCUGCCGUGACUCCUGCUUGGUUCCCCAGUUGCAGGUUUGAUCCAAGUAAGAAACUGAAACUGGCCGCUCCCUUUUGUUGGUAGUACUAAGCAUGGGUACAGCCGAUCACAAGAUGGUGUACUACUUCUGAAGUUUUGUGUUGAGAUGAGAAGGCUGAGCAGUUUUAGCUUACUCUCACCGAGCUGUUGGUAAUGGAUAACAGAUAACUGAGAUAUGGUGUAGCCAGCAUAUGUAGGAAUCAUUAGGUAAUGGUCGGAAGACAUUUUUGGUACAAGGGCAGCCUAUAUCUUGCUUUUGCCAAAAUUGUUGAUAUUGAGUACCUUGUUCGAAAAGAGUCCGGAGGUGAAGGAAGCGUGUAGAUAUCUCAGGAAUGUAGGACCUCUCUGGGGACUGCUAAAAUUCUGUUUAGUAUUUGGCUCAAUCUCUGAGAACUGGGGCAUGAUGUCCAAAUUUACUUCUCAUAUUUGAGGCGGUCGCUAUGGUGAUGGCAAUUCCAAAGCGGCAGGUGAACUUUCUUCUCCAAUCUGCGAGAUCUAGUUUCAGGUCGUGGUAAUAGCUGACGAGAAAUCAGUUGGACAAGAGCAAAGAAAGAAAGCUUUUGGAUGUAUAUAAACGGUUGCAGCAGGGUGUGGAAAUUCCGAAAUUGUGUCGGGAAGCAAAGAUGGUUGAGGGUACAGUGUGGUAAACCAGAAUGACAAGGAUGAGAUGCGAGGCUGGUGGUAUAGAGCAAUCACAUGAUGGUACAGAUGGUACCCUGUUACUGAAUUCUUCGUGUGCUGGGAGGUCGGUUCAUCUGGGAUUGCGUGUUAUUCAGUUUCAUUGUGCCGAAGCGGUGCUGAGACUGCGUCCAGGUUUGUUCCGUAGGGUUCGUGGAAAUGGAUUGAAUCUCAAAUCUUAUACUCAGAAGAUAAGCUGAUCAACCAUCAUGUUACACCCCUGUGGUGCUUAGUUGAGGUUCUUUUCUCGUACACCAACAAACACCCGGCGAACGGAAAUGAUCAAUUUCUUCAUCGCGAGUUGAGUUCUUGCCUCGUACACCAACAAACCAGGACGAAAAGAAAAGUUCAAUUUAUUCAUCGCGCUCUUUGUUAUUGUUUAUCUCGAGCUUGGGUACUUGGAAUGGAAGAGCAGCAGGCUAUCUGUAGACAGUUUUGAAGAAAUCCAUGGUUCAAUACAAACGUCCAUUGACCACAACUAAGGCUACUUUUUGGCUUUGAAAUGCUCCACUUGAGAUUUGCUAUUAUGAACUGUGAAGUAACAAUCACAAUAGACAACGAAGAACCUGGACACUGAAGGUUCGUUUUGUAUGAAAGAACUAGUGUGGGCCCCGGCCAGUUGGCCGGAGGAAGGUGAGGUAUGAAAUUUGAUAAUGUAAUGGCGUGCAUAGUUUAUUGUUGUAUAGUUUUUUUUGAAAACACAUGAUAAAAAUAGUGCAUUUUUGAACCAAAUAAAAAAUCGUCUUUAUGAACCAAAAUCAAGUACCUGUUACCUUGUGAAACAAUAUUGUUUCUGGUAGUAUGAUGAGGUGGAGUAAGUUUUAUAGAAACCGAAUUUCAGAAAAUCGAAUAAAAAAUCGCCUAUCCCGUCGGUUAUCGGGAAAUGAGCAUCUCACAAUCGUUGCUAGCUUUAACUCAGCCCGUUGGCCGAUUAAUUUGCUUUAUAAAAAUUUCAUAUUGUCGUAAUUGUGCUUUCUGGUUUUUGUUAGGCCAUGAUAAAAUCUAAGGAAAUCAAGAACGAACAACACAAUUUGGGAUAGAAACCGCCGUUGUCGUAUCCCUAGAAAAUGGUGGUAAACACGGACUCACCUGCCAAACUGGUUUGGAUUGAGAUUUUUAUCGGGUAUCAGGGAACCAUGUGAUUAUAAAUUAGACUUGAUCAAAACGGGCCAAAACUUGAAAUUCAGCCUGUUUAUCCGACCCAUGCCAAAUUCUAAUUAUUCUUUACUUUUAAACUUACUAUUUGAAAAUAAAACAUAGUGAAAGAAAAGAGAUGACUGCAAUUCGUCAUUUGCACAUCACUUAUUCGGGAAUAAAACCAUAGAAAUUCA